AUGACUACUACCAGGGUCUGUAUAACCUCUAACCACCCCAGUGCCCCCCCUAUGGCAGUGAGGGACUAUGUUGCUUCCAACUUAUACAGCAAAAUACCCAUUGACAUAUGGGAACAACUAGAGGCACCCUUCACCGAGACUGAAUUGGCAAUUGUACUCGAAACACUCCUGAAAGGGAAAAGCCUGGGCCCGGAUGGCCUUACAGCCCGGUACUUUAAGGUGUUCGACUCUUCCCUUAGCCCCCACUUUUUACAAACUGUAAAUGGUAUGGCUCCCAAUGCCCAAUUUCCCCCACUGAUGCUACGAGCAGCAAUAACUGUAAUCCAAAACCACAGAAAGACCCAGCACUCUGCAGUAGCUACAGAGUUGAAUUAA